AUGUUUCUCCUCACUCCAGUGUUGGUGGCAGUUGUCUGCAUCUUGGUGGUAUGGGUCUUUAAAAAUGCCGAUAGAAGCCUGGAGAGAGAGAAAGGCGCGGCUCGAGCUCGCCCCUGGGUGGAUGAAGACUUGAAAGAUGGCACUGACCUCCUUCAAGAGGAAGAAGACGCCGAUGACUGGCAAGAAUCUGAGGAGAGUGUGGAGCACAUCCCGUUCUCUCACACCCGGUACCCAGAGCAGGAAAUGAAGACGAGAUCUCAGGAAUUCUAUGAACUCCUCAACAAGAGACGCUCGGUCAGGUUUAUCAGCAGCGAGCCAGUCCCUAUGGAAGUCAUCGAUAACGUCAUCAAAGCAGCAGGAACAGCUCCAAGUGGGGCCCACACUGAGCCCUGGACCUUUGUGGUGGUGAAGGACCCCGACGUGAAGCAUAAGAUCCGAGAGAUUAUUGAGGAGGAGGAAGAGAUAAAUUACAUGAAGAGGAUGGGAGACCGAUGGGUCACAGACCUGAAGAAACUGAGAACCAACUGGAUUAAGGAGUACCUGGACACCGCCCCGGUGCUGAUUCUCGUCUUCAAACAAGUCCACGGUUUUGCUGCAAAUGGGAAGAAAAAGGUCCACUACUACAAUGAGAUCAGCGUGUCCAUCGCCUGUGGCCUCCUGCUGGCUGCACUGCAGAAUGCCGGGCUAGUGACAGUCACUACCACUCCCCUCAACUGUGGCCCUCGUCUGAGGGUGCUCCUGGGCCGCCCCUCACAUGAGAAGCUGCUGGUGCUGCUUCCUGUGGGGUACCCCAGCAGAGAGGCCACCGUGCCUGACCUCAAGAGGAAAGCUCUGGACCAGAUCAUGGUGACAGUAUAG